AUGCUAAGUUCGGGGAAUAAUUUAAAUCGAGGAAGUUCAGCAAUGUCGCCGGAUAUGCCACCAUUUCCACAAUUUGUGCCUUUGGAGCCAAUCACAUUAGGCAAUCAGAAAUAUACACGGUCUGGAGAGGUGAGGAGGGUUUUGGGAGUUCCUCUUAGUAAUGCGUCAGAGGAUCAUGCUUUUGGAGUUGCACAUCCCAAGCCAAUGCCUCCAGUAGCAACGGAGGAGCUAAAGCACUUUAAAGAAAGUGUGCAAGAUACUUCUAGAAAGGCUAGAGACAGAGCAAAACUGCUGCGCGAAUCCUUAUCUAAAUUGGAAAGGUAUAAAGAAGCAUUAAGCUCAAAGAAGCGACAAAGGAGUGAGCUUUCAUUGAAUGAGAGGUCAAAUUUAGCGAACGUAGCAAAGGCAGCGGGUCAGAUUCAUAGGAAUCCUCAUGAUAUUAUGACUCAAAGAUUGGAGGACAGGACCAAGAGUAUUGGGCUGAAUAAGCGUGUUCGUACUUCAGUGGCAGAUGUGCGGGCAGAUGGUAGGUCCACAAUGCCCUCAAGGCAACAGAUAGUAACGGAUAAGGGUGGAGAUAUGCUCCAGGAUGUUGGUGGUGGUGCUGUUCGGUUUGAAGAAAAGAUCCGCAGAUUGCCUGCUGGAGGUGAAGGAUGGGAUACAAAAAAUAAAAAGAAACGUUCUGUUGGACUGAUGGGUAAUAGAGUUGUAAAUGCUGAUCGAGAACAAAAACGAGCUAUGGCUUCCAAGAUGAGUGCCGACUCUAAGUUGCGAUCAUGUGAUGCUCAGGGUUUCAGAUCAAAGUCGUCUGGUGGAGUUGGUGGAAUGAGUAAGUUGGAUGGUUCUUUCGAACCUACUAGUUCAGAUACCGGUUCCAUCCUCAAGAAUGAAAUGGAAAGCGGUACUCUUGCAAGAGACCGUAUAGCUCUUCUAGAGCAUAAGAUCGUGAAAAAAGGAACAAAUAAAUUAUAUAUCCAUGAGGAUAAUUUAGCAAGCACUCCUAAUACAGUCAUAAAAGCAAAGGUUUCUCGGGCACCACGUACUGGGUCCAUCAUGCUGCUAGACUCAUCACUUAAAGCUCACCCCUCACCCACAUCCCUUCAAGGUUUGGAACAGCCGACAAGUUCAAAUAAAGUCACAGUGCCAGGAGUGGUAAAUAACCAUAAGGGUCAAACGUCUGCAGGCUCAUCUUCACAUGCUAUGGCUCAGUGGGUUGGUCAGAGACCACACAAAAAUUCACGUACACGGAGGGCAAAUAUAAUUGCUCCCGGUUCAAACCAUAUUGAAGCUCAGACGUCAUCUCAAGGCUUUCCCACUUCUGAUUUUAGUGCUAGAACUUCUUCCAUCGGAACCAAUGGAUCUCUAAUUGCCAGUAAUCUAGAUACAAAUACUCCCAAGUUCAAGAGGGAACUUGAGAGUGUGCCAUCUCCCUUUGGAUUAUCUGAAAGUGAAGAAUCAGGAGCUGGAGAGAAUAAACCAAAGGACAAAGGAACAGAGAGUAGUGAGGUUUCUCUGUCUGCAACGCAGAAAGUUGGAACUGUUGUAUUGCCUAAUAGAAAGAAUAAAUCAUCAGCUAAUGAAAUUGGGGAUGGCGUGCGGAGACAAGGAAGGAGUGGACGAGGUUUGUCCUUAACAAGGCCAGGUAAUCAUCUUGUGAGGGAGAAGUUAGAGAAUCCGCCAGCUGCAAAGCCACUUCAGAUUACAAAGGCUGCUUCUGAUAAGAAUAAAAGCAAAACUGGCCGUCCACCUUCCAAAAAGCUGAAAGAUCGGAAGGCUUUAGUGCGAGUUGGACCGAUGCCUACCAGUGGUUCCUUAGAUUGUACAGGCGAAUCUGAUGAUGAUCGUGAAGAACUAUUUUCAGCUGCCAAUUCUGCUCGGAAAGCUAGUGACAUUGCCUGUUCUGGUCCUUUUUGGAAGAAGAUGGACUCUAUUUUAGCUUCUGUCGGCUUAGAGGAUAUGUCCUACUUGAAGCAACAGCUAACUUCUGCACAAGGACUUGAUGAGAAUUUUUCUCAAAUGCUUGGUGCCGCGUAUAAUGUUUUGGGUGUUGUUUUGCAUAAAGAUGUACAUUCUGGCAGAAGACAAGGGGAGGACUUUAAUAAAAAAUCGGCCAAGACAACUUCUUUAUGUGGAGGAAUUGAUAUGGGAUGUGGGGACAAGGAUGCUCCGUUAUACCGAAGAGUUCUUUCUGCUUUAAUUGAAGAAGAUGAAAGUGAAGAAUUUUACAUACAAAGUGAAGCAAAGAAUAUGUCUCUUCACUACGCCAGUGAUGACUCUUAUUGUGGUUCAUGUAAUCUGAUUGAUAUCGAACCUAGAGAUAGAGACAGAAUGGAAUCUGAAGUUGAGUCAAAAGUGAAUUUUCAGACACAGAAGAACUGUUUCUUGGAUAGACUUUCAUGUGACAAGAGUGUUGUAUCAAAUGGAAUUAGGAAUCCAAGCAUGUCCAGUUCUUUGCAUAGCAAUGAACAGUGGCCAGUUGAUGAUGACUUUUCACAUUCAGAUGCCGGGCAUGCCAGUGAAAUAUGUUCUACCGAUCCAGGUACUGUGCAGAUGAGGGAAUUAAAUAUGCCUGGCUUUUCUUCCUCUGAUGACCAGUAUCAGCUGAUGUGUCUGGAUGACCGGAUUUUGCUUGAGCUACAGAGUAUUGGUUUAUGCCCAGAAACAUUGCCUGAUCUAGCAGAGGGAGAAUUGAUCAAUCAAGAUCUAAUGGAGCUUAAAGAAGGGUUGCAUCAGCAGGUUGGAUUAAAGAAAAACAAGUUAGGGAAACUUGGUAAAGCUGUUCAGAAAGGAAGAGAUACGGAAAAGAGGAAUGCUGAACAGGUUGCAAUGGACCAACUUAUUCAGAUGGCUUACAAAAAGCAACUGGCUUGUCGUGGGAAUAAUACCUCAAAAAGUACUGUCCGCAAGGUUUCAAGGCAAGUUGCAUUGGCUUUUGUCAAGCGCACUCUUGCCAGAUGUCAAAAAUUUGAAGAUACUGGCAGCAGUUGUUUUAGUGAGCCUGCACUACAGGAGGUCAUCUUCUCUGCGCCUAGAUGCAACAACGACACUAAAUCUGUGGAUUGUGUUGGCUCAGGAACUGCGAGUAACACAUGCAAUGACGUCUCUAACAUUCAUGCUGAAGCCAGAGGAUCAGGUGUUGUUUCUAGCACUGUUGAGAGAUGCGAUUCUCAUAGUGAUAGCUUUGGAAGAAGUAAGAAGAGGGAAGCACUUAUAGAUGAUGUUAUUGGCAGCGCUUCUUCAAGGGUAACAUCAACCCUUGACAGUGCUGUUCUUGGUGGAGUAAAGGGUAAGAGAAGCGACAGAGAUAGGGAACAAAGCAAGGAUAAUUCAAGAAGUAAUUCUGUUUCUGGAGGCAGUCGCUCAUCGUUGGAUGCAGUCAAAGGUGAGCGCAGAACAAAAUCAAAGCCAAAGCAAAAAAGUACUCAUUUAUUGAGUUCAGGAAAUGGACCUCGUGGAUCUACUCAUUCAGUAGCUAAUGCUACCAAUAAAAUGGAGCGAGUGGGGUCAAUGUCUCUUGGCAACAUUCCUCAGGAUGCCCCUAAGGAAGCAGAUGAACCUGUGGAUUUUGCAAACAGGCGAAUAAAUGAGUUUGAUACCAUUGAAUUAGGAGGAUCUACUGACCUUGAUGGGCCUCAAGAUCUUGGCUCAUGGUUGAAUAUUGAUGAGGAGGGAUUGCAAGAUCAUGAUUCCAUAGGUCUUGAAAUACCAAUGGAUGACCUUACGGAGUUGAACAUGCUCAUGUAG